AUGUUUUCCUCCUGUUCAGAUAACGAUGGGUGGCCCUGUCCUCUAUGCUCACAUCCCAAUGCCAAAGAAAGUAGGCAAUGUUCAGAGUGUGAAUCUCUCAAACCUGAAACGUGUCCCUCGCUUUCAUACGUUCACGACGAGUAUGCUUCAAGCGUCGCUACUAGAAGUAGAGAAAUUAAUUCUCCCAUUCAAGUGACCGCAUCUCAACAUAUUCCAAAUGUUCUAUCAGACGUGGUUCCUUUUAGUGCCAAUUUAUCAAAUACGAUAUCUCAAGCGUCUCAGUUAAAUGCUUUUGCCUCGGAUCAAAUGUCAUGUUUUCCAAAUGGAACGCAGCCUGUGACCAAUUUUAAUUCCAGUGUAACAAAUGGAAAAUCAAUCAAGACUUCUCAAGAACUGUCUGCAGUCGAACCUCUUUUGACUUGGCAAAAGUAUUCCGCUCAAUCAAGGGAUAUUCGGACUGCGGUUGCGGUUUCCCUUAGAGAAAGUGAUGGCGAAUUUGUCUGUAAUUAUCUCCAAAAAAAUGGGAAUUUCUUCAUUCCUGCUGAACUAAGGUCACUUCCAAUGCCCAUUCAGGCGAAAUUAUUCUCUAUGGUCUGUGAUAUUCCUGUUCAGAAAGAGUUGGAGAAAAAGGCUAUUAACUGGUGGCUAGACAAUUUCGAACAUACAAGUCGACUUAUAGCUCUCCUGAACCGCGCGAAUGGUGACUGUUUGUUGGAUAGUUUAAUGCAGGCGUCUUUUGGAGUAGUGGACAGUGAUUCAUUUCUGCGUAAAAUCCUCGCGAGCAGUUUUCUAUCAUGCAAGCAAAUUCUCUACGAAAUCUGGUUUGAGCACGAAAAGCAGGAGGCCGAUGCCGCAGAAUAUGAGCUCAGUAAGGACCAGGUACUUAAGGAAUGGCAGUCAUGUUUGAAAGUCGCCACUUCAAGUAAUGAACCUCUAGAGCAAAUUCACAUCUUCAUUCUUGCCAACAUUUUCCGCCGACCUAUUAUUGUAUACAGUGUGGAAUCUGUUCUUAGUUUGACUGACGAUUUACCACUUGAAUAUUCGAAAUUUCAAGGUAUAUAUCUACCUUUUCUCUGGGAGAAGGACGUAUGCUUAAAAGUGCCCCUUGUUGUGGGCUAUACGCCCGGUCACUUUAGCGCUCUUGUACCGAUUGCUCCCUUUCCUACUGCAGACUCAUCGGAAAUUUCUCAAUCUAUUGUUGGGGAUACUUUUAUUUUCUUACCACUGUUUGAUAUCGAGAAUACUCCUAUGCCCGUUCAUUUCUCUGAGAGAAUGUUCACUUCAGCUCAAUAUUCGGGUGCUGCCACUGAAGAUCUGAUACGUGACUGGAUGGUAACAAUUACAACGCCAGAUGACCAGCUUUGGGUUAAAGUCUCGCAUACAAACCAAAAUGACGUGGCGGAUGCACUUUUUGGGGCGUGGAUGGAGGCAAAUUUCAGGAAUGAUACCUCUACUGCUAGCAGACCAGGAUCUCCUAACGAAAUGUUAUUCGCAGGAAUUGACGUUCCUUUCUCUGCUGAUAAAACAACUAAAGAGAAAUCUUCCUCCACUUUAUAA